CCGCGAGUUCCGUCCCUGCCGCGCGCUCGCGCUCGUCCCCAGGCUUCCGGGCCCGGAGAGCUCGGCGGCGGCUGCGCGCGCGCUGCCCAGCCCGGUCCCCGCCCCCAGGCGCGCGGGGUUCCGGGACAACACAGCCAUGUGCUCGUUAGCGUCGGGCGCUGCGGGCGGCCGGGGCGCUGUGGAGGACGAGGACGACCUGCCAGAGCUGUCCGACAGCGGUGACGAGGCCGCCUGGGAGGAUGAGGACGAUGCUGAGCCCCUCCACGACAAGCAGCAGACCCCCUGCCUGUUCUGUGACAGGUUAUUUACAUCUGCUGAAGAAACAUUUUCACACUGUAAGUCUGAGCAUCAAUUUAAUAUUGAUAACAUGGUCCAUAAACAUGGACUUGAAUUUUAUGGAUACAUUAAGCUAAUAAAUUUUAUUAGACUCAAGAAUCCUACAGUUGAGUAUAUGAAUUCCAUAUACAACCCAGUGCCUUGGGAGAAAGAAGAGUAUUUGAAGCCAGUAUUAGAAGAUGACCUAUUACUUCAAUUUGAUGUAGAAGAUCUUUAUGAACCAGUGUCAGUCCCAUUCUCAUACCCCAAUGGACUCAGUGAAAACACAUCUGUUGUUGAAAAAUUGAAACAUAUGGAAGCCAGGGCACUGUCUGCUGAAGCUGCAUUAGCUAGAGCACGUGAGGAUCUGCAAAGAAUGAAACAAUUUGCUCAGGAUUUUGUGAUGAACGCAGAUGUCAGAACCUGCUCGUCAUCUACUACUGCCAUUGCAGACCUCCAGGAAGAUGAGGAUGGCGUUUAUUUCAGCUCAUACGGGCAUUAUGGGAUACAUGAAGAAAUGCUAAAGGACAAAGUACGAACAGAAAGUUACCGAGAUUUUAUAUAUCAAAAUCCACAUAUCUUCAAAGACAAGGUGGUUUUGGAUGUUGGUUGUGGAACUGGAAUUCUCUCUAUGUUUGCAGCUAAAGCUGGGGCAAAGAAAGUUCUUGGAGUUGAUCAGUCUGAAAUACUUUACCAGGCAAUGGAUAUCAUAAGACUAAAUAAACUUGAAGAUACUAUUAUACUAAUUAAAGGAAAGAUUGAAGAAGUUUGCCUUCCUGUAGAAAAAGUGGAUGUUAUUAUAUCUGAAUGGAUGGGCUAUUUUCUUCUUUUUGAGUCUAUGUUAGAUUCUGUCCUUUAUGCAAAGAACAAAUACUUGGCAAAAGGAGGAUCGGUCUACCCUGAUAUUUGCACUAUCAGCCUUGUGGCAGUAAGUGAUAUGAAUAAACAUGCCGAUAGAAUUGCUUUUUGGGAUAAUGUAUAUGGCUUCAACAUGUCCUGUAUGAAGAAAGCAGUUAUUCCAGAAGCUGUUGUGGAAGUUUUAGAUCCAGACACUCUUAUUUCAGAUGCUUGUAGUAUUAAGCAAAUAGAUUGCCAUACAACAUCUGUCUCAGCUUUGGAGUUUUCUUCAGAUUUUACCCUGCAAAUUACAAAGACAUCCAUGUGCACGGCAAUUGCUGGCUACUUUGAUAUAUAUUUUGAGAAAAAUUGUCACAGCAGGGUCGUGUUCUCCACGGGCCCCCAGAGUGCCAGAACACACUGGAAACAAACAAUAUUUCUAUUGGAAAAGCCAUUUUCCGUUAAAGCAGGUGAAGCCUUGAAAGGAAGGAUCACAGUCCACAAGAAUAAGAAAGAUCCACGUUCUCUCAUUGUGACCCUCACACUGAAUAAUUCAACUCAAACUUAUGGUCUCCAGUGAAAAGGCUACGAAAGCACAACUAACUUGCAGUUUUUAGUAUGGGGGUGGGUUAUGGGUAGGAGUGGAGAGCGGGGGUUUUAUGUGAGCAUGUAGCUGAUGGAUCUUUCCUAAUGAAUCUACUCAAGAUGAGAGACAUGUGGUUGGAAUCUCAUAUAAUUCAGCUAAGGAAGGGAACAACAGUUCCUAGUGGACCACCUACGUUAUUAUCACAGUCUUGGAAGUCUGCUCAGCAAGAUUUUACGAAUGUAACCGUUACACUGAGUUUAGCUAUACUGAAAAUAUUUAAAUAGGCCUAAAUUUGAAAAGAAGUAGUCUUUUGUUGUUUUUAAUGUUUCUUACUAUAAAUUUUAAACACUAGUAACUGAUUAGUUAUUUGGGUAAUGUUUUAUUAAACUAGUAACUAUAUACAAACUAUUGUACAUUUUAUUGCAGAUUUCUACUCUGAGGAGUAGUUUUUAAUUGUAUUAUUUGGUAGAAUAUUAGAUUAUAAGUAAAGAACAAGUGGGAGGGACUAAAAUAUGGAAAAGAACAUCACACAAAUCAUAUUUGAAAGACAGCUUAGUUGAUUACCCUCUAGUUCUGAACUUCUCAUCUUUGCAGAUGUUAUUUUGCCAGUUUUCUAGUACUGCCCAGGAAAUCUAAUUUCAAUAUGUUUAUCCUAGGUUUCAUACAAGUUUUUAAAGGUCGGGAAAAAUAAGUACUUAUUUACUAAUAUAUCUUUUUCAAACUAGAUUUACGUGCAAAGUUAAACAUGUAACUGUUAACCUACUUACGGUUGUGUUGUUUACAGUUAUUGACUCAAUUUGAAAGGCAGAAUAGAAAACAUUCAAUAAAAUGUGUACAACAACCAUUAA